AUGGUAGCAUUUGUGAAAUGGUAUGUAUCUUCUUUAAAUGCUUCUUAUUCCAGUCGUGUUCCUAAAGGUGAAUGGGAAAAGAAACCUUAUAAUCCUGUUCUUGGUGAACAAUAUUUUAUGAAAUGGGGUCAAGUGGAUGAUUGUGGUGAAACCAAUGUUGUAUGUGAACAAGUCUCUCAUCAUCCUCCUAUUACUGGUUUUUGUAUCAAGAAUGAAAAGGCUGGUCUUACUUUGAAUGGUCAUACUGGUCAAAAAACAAGAUUUUCUACUACUUCAUUGAUUUGUGAUCAAGUAGGUCAAAGUAUAGUUGAACUUGCUUCUGAAGAAUCUUAUCUUUUAACUUCUCCUUCUCUUACUGUCAAUGGUAUUUGGUAUGCUGCACCUUAUGUUGAAUUGACUGGUAAUUCUUAUAUUCAAGCUACUACUGGUCUUUAUGCUACAUUUGAAUUUUCUUCUAAAGGAUGGAUUUCUGGUGAACGUAAUCAUUUCAAAUGUUAUAUUCGUAAGAAUGGUGGUAAUAGCAAAGAAUACUUGUACAAAAUUGAAGGACAAUGGAGUUAUAAAUCUACCAUCACACCUUAUGGAUCCAAGAAAUCUGAACCAUUUUUGGAUGUGACUCAACUGACACCUGCACCUAUGGAAGUCAAACCAUUGGAUCAACAAGGAGAAAUGGAAUCACGCAAGAUAUGGCAACAUGUAUCUGAAGCUAUUCAAGCUGGUGAUACUACUAAGGCUGGUGUAGAAAAGAGUAAGAUUGAAAAUCAAAAACGCGCUGAAUUAGCUGAACGUGAAGAAAACAAGACCACCUGGGAACCAAUUUAUUUCAAAUGGCAAGAUCCUGAACCAAAAGUCCAAUCUUUACAACGUAUGCUUUCUUCAGCCGUCAAGAAUAAAUAUGAUCCUGUUACUUCUGGUAAUUGGGUAUUCCAUCCUUCACAAUAA